AUGUGUGAAUACUACUCGCAAUGCCAACCCGGUGCCGUGCCCGUCGAUCCUGUACCCGAGGACCCCACCACGCCCGAGACUCCUGUCGCGACAGGCACGCCAGCCGGCAGCGGUCCGGGGACAACGCUGCAAAGCGGUUACUACUGGAUUCGUGCCGUUGCAGCGCCCAACUACCACAAGUACAUGCAGACCAAGCCACUGUAUGCCACAGGUCCCGCCCUUCUUGGCGACUACACGACAGCAGGCCAAUUCCAGGUUCAGGAUGGACAAUUAGUGCAGCUGGUCUCCGCACCAGGCGAAGCCGUCAAACUGCUUUAUGCGACAGUCUCUAAGACGCGGAGCAUCAACAACGCGUCUCUUGCCGUGAGCUUCACUGCCGAAAAAAACACAUACGGAACGUUCAAGUUCGGAGGCGACGAUUUGCAGUGGAGUGUGUCGGACGUGACCCGGCCAAACCCCAGUGCGUGGUAUGUGUGCACAGGGCAGCAAAUGUAUAUCAAUCUAGGGAACUAUGCAUACCAGACACCCAGUGGUUGUGCGGACCAGACGAUCCAUUACUACAACGACAGGACGGCGAACAAUUAG